AUGAUCCAAUAAUUAAAAAAAGAAAGUAUAAAUAUAGAAAGGAGUGGCGGGCGAUCAAAGUGCGGCGAAGUGGUCGGGCCGUUAGAGAAGAAAAUGCCAAAGAGCAGUUGAUUAGUCGGCGUUGUCUGAAUCAGCAGAGGAAGAAGAAAAAUCUAUCGUCACCCUCCAACUCCAAAGCUAACAAUCUCAAAGACGAAUUUCUUUGCUAAGCUUCUCCAUACGACUGAAGAACGCUCAUGGAAUAAUCGGAAUAAGGUUGGGUUGAUUGUUUUUGUGGUAGUGGUGGUCGUGGAGAUGGUGAAUCCGAUAGUUGAACGUGCCACGAGCGAUAUGCUGAUCGGUCCAGACUGGGCUGCGAACAUGGAGAUAUGUGAUAUGAUCAACAGAGAUUAUGGGCAAACAAAAGAUGUUGUUAAGGGAAUAAAGAAGCGCCUUGGAAGUAAGCACCCCAAAGUUCAGCUUCUUGCUCUAACACUCUUGGAGACCAUCUUCAAGAAUUGUGGAAACAUCAGUCACGCACAUGUGGCGGAGAAGGAAAUUCCCCAUGAUAUGGUCAAAAUUGUAAAGAAGAAGUGUGACCUUCGUGUCCAAGAGAAGAUAUUGCUCUUGAUAGAUACCUGGCAAGAUGCUUUAGGAGGACCAACAGGACGAUAUCCACAAUAUUAUGCUGCUUAUCAAGAACUAUUGCGUGCUGGGGCAGUUUUUCCCCAUAAAUCUGAAGGACCAGCGCCUGGAUUCACACCUAUUCAAAAACAACAAGUGGUAUUGGAUAAUCAGAAUCUCCACAAUCCUGAUUAUCAGCAAGAUGCUCCAGGAUCCUCAAGUGAUGUUAAAUUUUCAGCCUUAAGCUUGAGUGAGAUCCAACUUGCACGGGGAGUAGUGGAUGUCCUUAAAGAAAUGCUAAAUGCAUUAGAUCCGGGAAACAAGGAGGAUAUUAGGCAGGAUGUCGUUGUUGACUUGGUAGAACAAUGCCAUAAUUACAAGCAGAGAGCUGUUCAUCUCGUGAAUUCAACUUCGGAUGAAUCAUUGCUGUGCGAAGGAUUGUCACUUAAUGAUGAAUUAGAACGUGUACUUUCCAAACAUGAAGCCAUUGCUUCAGGAACUUCUGUUCUGAAGGGGGAACCAAAGUCCGAAUUGGUUGGAGCACACCGUAAUGAUCAUUUUCCUCUUGGUAACACUGGAGAUAACAACCAACAACCUGAGAAGAAGUUGCCCUCCAAUACUACUGGCUCAAGCACACAAACAGUAAAUCAGUCCUCGAGUGCAUCUCCAUCCAUUGAUUGUACAGCUUCUCCAGCUAAGUUUGAUCCUAAAUUGGACCUGCUGAGUGGUGACGACUACAUUCAUCCUGAUGCGAACAUUUCACUGGCUCUCGUUCCUUUGACUGAGCAGCAGCCAACUACUCCUUUAUCUGAACAGAAUGCCCUCGUCCCUUUUGACGUGCAUUAUGAUAGAAACCAAGCAACUGAAGCUCAAUCCAACAAUCCUGGAGAUCAGAGCCAUGGUUCUGUCUCAAACUUCCACCAGCACCAAGUUUUUCAGCCCCCGCAGGGUGGAUUGCACCUUAAUGGAACUGUCCAAUUCCCCACAUCGGCUCACUGCGAGCAGUCACUGUACACAAAUACUUCUGGUCCUGGUCCCUCCAUGACUAGCCAGGUUUCCCAGUCAGAACAGAAACAACCCCUCGGUCCAUAUAAUGGUUCUGAAAACCAGGAGUCGUUUCCACCACCACCUUGGGAAUCUCAGCCCGUGGGUGACAAUGGUUUGGUAGCAAGCGAUGAGUAUCACCAUCCAAUGACGGUAACUCAGGCCGUUUUCAAACAUGUACGAAAUGGUCUAUAUCCUCAAGGACUUCAACCAAUUGCAAAUGACCAAGUUGUAGGUGUGUAUAUCCAGCCAAUUGUAGGCAGCCAGAUUUCAACACUUGAUGGCCAGUUUAGUCUUAACGAUCAGCUGGAUUUGGCUCCUCAAACAUUCCACAGAGGGGCUUAUGGAGCCAUGCUUUCACAGCAAACUGGACAGAUGGCAACUUUGUAUCCUUUGCAAAUGUUUGGCAACCAAUUCUAUGGCCACAUCCAACCAAAGGGAACACAGUAUUUGGAGCAGAGAACGUAUAUUAGUGAUGAUAAUGGCCUAAGAAAUUCAUCCUACCAAAUCUCUGCCCUGCCUAGUAUGCCUCCCAAUAAGCCUUCUAAGCCAGAGGACAAUCUGUUUGGUGAUCUUGUUGACUUGGCAAAGUUCAAGGCCAUGAAAUCUACUCCCGCUGCUGCUGGUGGCGACUGAAUUUUGAUUUCACAUCCACCAAGUACUUUUUGGCAUUCUUUAUACUCUCUCUCUUGAUGCAAUUCUUUUCCUCACUGUUUGGUGAGGGGUAAGAGUCCCUGUAUAUAUUGAUGAACCUUUGGCUUUCUUUGCGUUAUGUCAAGGCCGUGUAGGAAUAUCUGGUCAUUGGAUCUUCAGUAUGCCUCGUUGAUUUAUUUUGGAAUAAAUGUUAUGCUCUUUUUUCUUUUC